UAAAGAUGGAUAGGCAAAUAGUUGAAGGCUUUGCUUAGUUAAACUCCCAAAAGAAAAUUGCAUUUCCAUUUCAUUUCAUUCGCCGUUUAUUUUGAAUGUGUUGUUAGAUCCGUCGUCGUCCCAUGUCGUCGUCGCAGAACCUUGGUGGCGCCACCAGAUGCGGCCGGGUCGUUGGCCCAACACUGGACAAAAUCAUCAAAAACGCCGCCUGGCGCAAGCAUACAUUCCUAGUUUCCGCCUGUAAAUCUGUCCUCGACAAGCUCGAAUCACUCUCCGAUUCUCCCGAUCCUUCAUCGCCUCUCUUUGGUCUCUCCACCUCCGAUUCGGAUGCCGUCCUUCAGCCUCUCCUUCUCUCCCUUGAUACCGCCUACGCCAAGGUUGUUGAGCCUGCUCUUGAUUGCUCUUUCAAGCUCUUCUCCCUCUCGCUCCUCCGAGGCGAGGUAUGCUCCUCGUCUCCCGAUUCUCUUCUUUACAAGCUCAUCCACGCGAUCUGCAAGGUUUGCGGGCUCGGCGAGGAGUCAAUUGAGCUAGCGGUCCUCCGCGUCCUCCUCGCUGCCGUCAGAUCUCCUCGCAUCAUGAUUCGAGGCGAUUGUUUGCUCCAUCUUGUGAGGACUUGCUACAACGUGUAUCUCGGCGGAUUUAAUGGGACCAACCAGAUCUGCGCUAAAUCUGUACUAGCUCAGAUUAUGAUCAUCGUCUUCACCAGAUCGGAGGCGAAUUCUAUGGAUGUAUCAUUCAAAACGGUUAACGUCAACGACUUGCUUGCCAUCACAGAUAAAAAUGUCAACGAAGGGAACUCUGUUCAUAUUUGUCAGGGAUUCAUUAACGACGUAAUAACGGCCGGAGAAGCAGCUCCUCCUCCUCCGGAUUUCAGGCUAGUUAUUGAAGAAGGUGCUUCUGAGAAUGAGAAAGGCGAAGAUGGGGAUGGGGGCACAAGCAAGAUCAUGGAAGACGGAUUCCUUCUGUUCAAAAAUCUGUGUAAAUUGUCUAUGAAGUUCUCCUCACAAGAGAACACCGACGAUCAGAUUCUUGUGAGAGGCAAGACUUUGUCUCUGGAGUUGCUCAAAGUUAUAGUUGAUAACGGUGGCCCAAUUUGGCGCUCUGACGAAAGGUUUCUAAAUGCCAUUAAGCAGUAUCUUUGCUUGUCUCUGUUAAAGAAUAGCGCACUCUCCGUAAUGUCUAUUUUUCAACUUCAAUGUGCUAUCUUCACCAGCUUACUACGGAAAUAUAGAUCGGGCAUGAAAUCAGAAAAAAUGACUGUCCUCAGCCUACUUGACACCAUUUGCCAAGACCCGUACCUAAUCAUUGACAUAUUUGUCAACUUUGACUGUGAUGUGGAGUCACCAAACAUCUUCGAAAGGAUUGUCAACGGUCUUCUAAAAACUGCUCUUGGGCCUCCUCCUGGUUCCUCUACCACUUUGACCGCAGUCCAGGAUAUUACAUUUAGGCACGAAUCAGUGAAGUGCUUGGUUAGCAUUAUUAAGGCAAUGGGAACAUGGAUGGACCAACAAUUUAGCGUGGGAGAAUCACUUUUGCCCAAGAGCGUAGAAAAUGAAGCACCUGGCGACAAUUAUUCCAACCCAAAUGAAGAAGACGGGACAACUACAGAUCAUGACUUUCACCCAGAUUUGAGUUCAGAGUCAUCAGAGGCUGCAACUCUUGAACAGAGGAGGGCGUACAAAAUUGAACUCCAGAAAGGCGUCGCUCUAUUCAACAGAAAGCCUUCAAAGGGCAUUGAGUUUCUUAUAAGCUCUAAAAAGGUUGGCAGCUCCCCAGAUGAGGUGGUGUCGUUCCUGAGGGAUACCACAAGCUUGAAUCCAACCAUGAUUGGAGAUUAUUUAGGUGAAAGAGAGGAGUUUCCAAUGAAAGUUAUGCAUGCCUAUGUGGACUCGUUUGAUUUCAAGGAGAUGAAUUUUGGUGAGGCAAUUAGGUUUUUCUUAAGGGGGUUCAGGCUUCCUGGAGAAGCACAGAAAAUUGACCGCAUAAUGGAAAAGUUUGCUGAACGAUUUUGCAAAUGCAAUCCAAAUUCAUUCAGCAGUGCGGACACAGCAUAUGUUCUUGCAUACUCUGUGAUAAUGCUUAACACUGAUGCCCAUAAUAUUAUGGUUAAAGAAAAGAUGACCAAGGCUGAUUUUAUCAAAAAUAACCGAGGCAUAGAUGAUGGCAAAGAUCUUCCAGAAGAGUACCUUGGUGCGCUUUAUGACCAAGUUGUCAAAAAUGAAAUAAAGAUGAGUUCUGAUUCUUCUGCUCCAGAAAGCAGGCAGUCCAACGGCCUGAAUAAACUACUGGGUCUAGACGGUAUACUCAACCUGGUUUACUGGACACAAACAGAAGAGAAAGCGGUUGGGGCUAAUGGUCUUCUGAUAAAGCAUAUUCAAGAAAAGUUCAGGUCGAAGUCUGGAAAAUCAGAAUCAGCUUACCAUGUCGUCACAGAUGUCGCAAUAUUGCGUUUUAUGGUUGAUGUUUCCUGGGGACCAAUGCUUGCCGCAUUCAGUGUUACACUUGAUCAGAAUGAUGACAGGCUUGCUGCAGUUGAAUGCUUACGAGGCUUUCGGUAUGCCGUUCAUGUUACAGCAGUUAUGGGUAUGCAAACGCAAAGAGAUGCAUUUGUCACUUCCAUGGCCAAGUUCACAAAUCUCCAUUGCGCAGGAGAUAUGAAGCAAAAGAAUGUAGAUGCUGUUAAAGCUAUCAUAUCAAUUGCCAUUGAAGAUGGUAACCACUUGCAAGAUGCUUGGGAGCAUAUUUUGACUUGUCUUUCCAGAAUUGAGCAUUUGCAAUUAUUGGGUGAGGGAGCUCCAAGCGAUGCAUCUUAUUUUGCUUCAUCCGAGACGGAGGAGAAGAAAGCCUUGGGUUUUCCUAAUUUGAAGAAAAAAGGAGCCCUCCAGAAUCCGGUAAUGAUGGCAGUUGUUCGAGGGGGGUCAUACGACAGCAGUGCGAUUGGACCAAAUGUGUCGGCUCUUGUGAGGCAGGAUCAAAUCAAUAACUUCAUUGCAAACUUGAAUUUGCUUGACCAGAUCGGGAGUUUUCAGUUGAAUAAUGUGUAUGCUCAUAGCCAGCGGUUGAAGACUGAAGCCAUAGUAGCAUUUGUCAAAGCUCUGUGCAAAGUCUCUAUGUCAGAACUGCAGUCUCCUACAGAUCCUCGAGUAUUUAGCCUCACAAAAUUAGUUGAGAUCGCCCACUACAACAUGAACCGCAUCAGGCUAGUCUGGUCACGCAUAUGGAGCAUCCUGUCAGAUUUUUUUGUAUCUGUAGGCUUAUCAGAGAAUCUUUCUGUUGCAAUAUUCGUUAUGGACUCACUACGACAGCUUUCUAUGAAGUUCUUGGAACGCGAGGAGCUAGCUAAUUACAACUUCCAGAAUGAAUUUCUUCGACCGUUUGUCAUUGUUAUGCAGAAAAGCAGUUCUGCUGAAAUUAGAGAACUAAUAGUUCGGUGCAUUUCUCAAAUGGUACUCAGCCGUGUCAGUAAUGUGAAAUCAGGGUGGAAAAGUGUUUUCAAGGUUUUCACAACUGCAGCAGCUGAUGAAAGAAAGAACAUUGUGGUGUUGGCCUUCGAGACAAUGGAAAAAAUAGUCCGAGAGUAUUUUUCAUAUAUCACAGAGACGGAGGCAACAAUUUUUACUGAUUGUGUUAGAUGUCUUAUAACUUUCACUAACAGCAAGUUUACCAACGAUGUUAGCCUGAAUGCUAUUGCGUUUCUACGAUUUUGUGCACUAAAACUUGCAGACGGAGGCCUUGUGUGGAAUCAGAAGGGUAGGUCUAGCAGUCCCAGUACUCCAGUAACAGAUGAAUAUGCACCAAAUAUCCAAAAUUUUAUGGAAGUAGAUGAGAACAUAUCAUAUUGGGUUCCUUUGCUCACAGGAUUGUCUAAGCUAACUUCUGAUUCCAGAUUAGCAAUUCGUAAAAGCUCCUUGGAAGUGCUCUUUAAUAUUUUAAAGGAUCAUGGCCAUCUCUUUUCACAAACGUUCUGGAUCGGCUUUUUCAGUUCUGUUAUUUAUCCUAUAUUUAACAGUUUGUGGGGAGAGAAAGAUCUACUUUCUAAAGAUAAAGAUGAACACAGUUCAUUGCCAUCCGCAUAUGGUCCACAUUCUAAUGGGGUUUCUUGGGAUUCUGAGACUUCAGCUAUGGCGGCACAGUCUCUGGUGGACCUAUUUGUCAGUUUUUUUACUGUGAUUAGGUCUCAACUUUCUAGUGUGGUAUCACUACUUGCUGGUCUUAUAAGAAGUCCCGCUCAGGGUCCUACAGUAGCUGGAAUCGGGGCGUUGCUGCGGUUGGCAGACGAAUUGGGUGGGAGGUUCUCAGAAGACGAGUGGAUGGAGAUAUUUUUGGCUGUGAAAGAAGCUGCUUCAUUGACAUUGUCUAGUUUCAUGAAGAUACUGAGAAUCAUAGAUGACGUUCAAGAUGAGGAAACAUUGUCUGAUCAGGACUUUAGUAAUGAAGAUAAUGUUGACGAGGAUAGCCUGCAAACUAUGUCGUAUGUUGUUUCAAGAACAAAGAGUCACAUAACCGUCCAGUUACAAGUUAUUCAGGUAGUGACCGAUCUCUACCGAGUCCAUCAGCAGUCACUGUUGGCAUCUCAUGUCACAGUUAUACUGGAGAUACUCUCAUCAAUCACAUCACACGCCCACCAGCUAAAUUCUGAUCUGAUACUGCAGAAGAAAGUAAGGAGGGCAUGCUCUAUCCUGGAGCUCUCUGAACCUCCCAUGCUUCAUUUCGAAAACGACACCCACCAGAACUACCUGGACUUUCUUCAAGACAUACUAACAGACAAUCCAGGAGUGUCCGUGGAGCUAAGUAUAGAGUCUCAACUGAUUACAGUGUGUGUAAAAAUUCUGAAGAUGUACCUGAAAUGCACAGUGUUUGAGGGUGCAGAGUUGGAAGAAACCAGGCAGCCCAAAAACUGGAUUCUUCCCAUGGGAGCGGCAGCGAAGGAAGAAGCAGCAGCGAGGUCUCCGCUAGUGGUUGCGGUGCUGAAGGCACUUAGGGGUCUGAAAGGAGAUUCAUUCAAGAGGUAUGCACCAACUUUUUUCCAGUUGUUGGUGGAGCUUGUGCGGAGUGAGCACAUCAACUCGCAAGUACCACAAGUCUUAAGCACCGUGUUCCAUACGUGUAUGGGUCCAAUGAUGGGUGAAUAGAAUAGGAUGGUUUAGUUAUACUUGGCGUUGAAUUUUGACACUGGAGCACCUGAAGGAAAGUUUGCGAGCAGAACAGAAAACUGUCAUUUCUUUUGUUUUUGUUUUUCUAGUUUUUGUAUUGACAGAAGAUCCUAGGUUUUGAGUGGUAAUUGAUUAUUGUUAUAGAAGCUAAGAAUGGUACGAUGAGAUUCCGCGAUCAUUAGAAUUACUCUGCACUGCCUAUAUUCUCUCUUGAUUGUAAUUUGUAAAUGCAGAACUCUCCGUAGGCAUAAUAAUAACUUGCUAGAAAGAA